AUGGCGGGUGAGCCGCCAAAAGAGCAGCCAAACGGAGCGAAAGAUAAGGCUCGGACCAAGGAGGCAGACAAUCCCGGCGAGUUCCGCCUUGCUCUGUGGCCGACUGAUGCCCUUGACAAAGAGCUGGCCGGCGAGGGAGACCAAAAUCAGAGCCCACAGAACCAGAGCCAACCAGUUACUCCAGAAGUGAGGCAGAGCAACGUGGCAGAGACGAGCAAGAGUGGCGCACCAUCCGUCAAACUCAGCAUGAACUUGAAUAUUGAUAUGCAACUUAAGGCUAAGAUCAAGGGCAGGGUCGAACUAUCCAUUCUUGGCGGAAAGAAACAGUAA